AUGGGCUCAACUCCACUCCAAUAUCUAACCCUGUUCCUUCCUGCGCUGUUAAUCACUGUUUAUCUCUUGGCCAGCUUCCCGCGACCACCUACUGUACCCAUCAUCCAUACAUCCCUAGCGCACCUUCCGAGCUCAUCGCCGUCGUGGAAUGUAUACCCAGAGGACUUGUAUAGCGGCGGUGCAUAUGCCAACCUACCUCUAGGGCGGGUGCGGUAUUGGCUCAUAGGACCGGAGGACGGGCGGCAUAUUGUUUUGAUUCAUGGACUUUCCAUCCCGGCAAUCGUCUGGAAAGAUGUAGCGCCUGUACUUGCCUCCCGAGGAUACCGUGUACUUCUGUAUGAUUUAUAUGGUCGCGGUUACUCGGAUGCUCCCCAAGUCACUUAUGAUACCACCCUUCACACCACCCAACUCGCGCUCCUUAUGCAACACGUUAAAUGGGAUCAUGCAUUCGUUGUCGGAUUGUCGAUGGGAGGCGGCGUUGCAACUGCAUUUUCGGCCCACUUCCCUCAUCUUGUAGAUGGAAAAGUCGCUCUGAUUGCUUCAGCUGGUAUCAUGGAGUCGAGCGAUAUUUCCCGCACAGCAAAAUUUAUGUCAACUCCCCUCGUCCAAACUGUGUCUGCCCUCCCACCUUUCCAACAUUACAUGCGUCUCCUUGCGAAUACUUCUAAAUCCUCUGAACUUUGUGAAACCAAUCCGAUACAAGAAAUUGUCCGUCUCCAAACUGCUCACCUUCCUCACUAUAACGCUGCCGUGGCAUCUUGCCUUCGCGACGGUCCUAUUCGUGGCCUGCGUUUUGCAUUCCAAUCCCUCGCACGCUCGGGCAACCAAGUGUUGCUCAUUCAUGGCACAUCAGACAAGACUGUCCCCUAUAAAUACGCUUCUAAGAUACACAAUCUGGUGCCUCAAGCCGACCUCGUCACCAUCAGCGAUGGUGGCCACGAUCUCACUGUGACUCAUGCAUCUGAAGUGAACGCUUUGCUACUCUACUUCCUCACCGACGAAUACUCGUACAAGCCUCGCGGAUGAGUCUCACUUGAUAUACAGGAGCUCAUUUUUUCCUUUGAUAAUAUUUUAUCUGUCUUCGUACCCACAUGCUAUUCGCUAUUCAUUGUAUUCGAACGCUAUUCCAUCGUAUAUCCUGCAUUAUUCUGGAUACCAUGCCCAUCCCACGUUAUCGUAUCUUAUCCUCGUUGUUAUCCUCGCUAUUCAUCCUCGCGCUAUACUGUGUGGUAUUUUACCUCUUUCCUGUUUUGCGUUGUGGAAACCUAUCUCUUGUAUUUCUGACGGGGAGGAUUUUCUGGAAUAAUACAGCGCUUGUCAGACUACUCCGCAUGUACAUAAUACAAUUGGGUCGCAGGCAGCGAAAAUUUAAACUACCUUGAACAACUCUUGAGUUU